AUGGUGCAGGGGAUAUGCAACAAUUUUAGCAAGCAAAGUAGAAACCCAAUGGAAGAUGGUACACCUAACGUAGGCAUCACACGUUCGCCAACAACGCCAAAUCUUACUCCGUAUGAUAUUAUCAACCAGGCUCAAAGCCCAGAAUACAACAAAAGACGAUUUCAAAAGCUAGUUAAGAUGUACCAUCCUGACAGAUGGCAGCAUACCAUUUACCACGGCAUUCCCAAUUCAAUAAGGGUGGAAAGGUACCGUCUGGGUGUUGCGGCCAACGUCAUAUUGUUAGAUUCCGUGGAGAAGAAAGCAUACGACGAUAUGGGUAUUGGCUGGAUUGUGAGGGUGAAAUUGCUUUUGAUUCAAAUACAGCUAACCAUAGUUCUGAUGGAGCUAGAUGGAUAUGAAAGCCGUGCGGGAUGCGAUUUGGUAAGGGUGGUGAUGGAUGGAACGAGAACACAGACCGAGCCAGAGGUAAAAAUGGAAACAAGUUAUGGCCUUCGCAUGAACGAGAUUUUCGGUGCGGUGAUAAUGGUGUUAAUAGUACUCCGUGAUUGUGUUCGGUCUGCCAGAGCAGACCACUUAGCGAAGAAGGUCGCCAGCGCGGCCACAUUCAGAAGGUUCUCAGUGAUGAAUUGCAGCAAAUCCACUGAGGUUCUGGGGCGACAGUCGUCAACGACUGAUCGAAGAGGUUAUAGAACGCAGAUCAGUAGGAGCUUAUAA